AUGUGGUCUUUGGGCUGUAUCUUUGCUGAACUACUGGGCAGUAAACCGCUGUUUAAAGGAAGAGAUUUCGUGGAUCAAUUGAAUCAAAUCUUGUAUAUAUUGGGAACGCCUGACGAUGACACACUGAACCGCAUAGGCAGCGAAAGGGCACAAACCUAUAUUAGAAGCCUGGAAAGAUUUGCAAAGAUACCACUUGAUCAAUUAUAUCCCAAUGCAACAGAAACAGCCCUUGAUCUAUUGGAAAAGCUGCUGACAUUUGAUCCAAUGUCUCGCAUAGAGGUUGAGGAUGCCCUGGAUCACCCAUAUUUCGAGCUAUUUCAUGAUCCAGAAGAUGAGCCCACACAUUUUGCAACCGUUGAUUUCUCUUUCGAGUCACUGAAUACUAUCGAAGAGAUGAGGGAGACGAUCAUUGACGAGGUAAAAAUGUUUAAGGCAAGGAAGCACAGCUUGAGGCUGGACAUGAGAGGGUUGCGACGUCAAAACAGCAUUACAACACCUACAUCAAAGAGGGCACGAUACAACUCGCAAGUCAAUGAGAUGGGAUACGCAGAUCAGCUAAUUACAAGUCCAGUGGAUGUAGAUCCAAAUUUAGAGCGAGAUCUCGGCGGUAUAAUAUAA